UAGUGACGUCACAGCAAAAUGCGGAAGUAGGCCGUCGAUGAACGGUGUGUUGUGUUUUGUUUGUGAUCCGCGGCAGAUUAUUAUUAAUUUGAUAAAGUCGCUUUAUUAAAUGUAAUAAACUGUUAAUAACUCACCUGCAGGAUGUCACAGGACCUGUGGUUACAGAAUUAUGAUGCCACGUGCCGACUCACUCAGGAGAUCGCUGAGAACAUCCAGGAGAGGAACCGACAGCAGAGAACCGGCGGGAACCCAGCUAAGCUGAACAUGACCCUGCGAGCGUCUCUGCAGAAACUGAAGCAGAACAUCACACAGCUUAGGGAGACACUCGCUCGAGCCUCAUCCCAGCGUCGAAUCAUGCAGAGUGAAGCUGACCGGCGACAGAAUUUGGUGGAUGAUUUGGUGACGAGAGAGAAGCAGCUGUUCAGCUCGUUUAGCCGAGACCCAAGCGCUCCGGAACCGUCACGUUCAGCUUUGUUAACGGGAGGAUUUGGGGUGGAGCCUGCACAGAAUCCAUGGCUGGUCAACGAAUCAGAGGAGACGAGAGGACUGACGUUCAGAGAGAUCAAAGAGCAGCAGCAACGUGUUAUCCAGGCUCAGGAUGAAGGGCUGGACGUGUUAGCAGAUGUGAUCAGCAGACAGAAGAGAAUGGGACAGGACAUCGGAAAUGAACUAGAUGAACACAACGAGAUCAUUGAUGACAUCACACAGCUGGUGGACACCACGGACAGCCGCAUCCGCAACGAGACUCGCCGAGUCCAGCUGGUGGAGACCAAAUCUGCUUCCUGUGGUAUGUUGGUGGUGAUUGUGCUGCUGCUCAUUGCCAUCGUGGUUGUUGCUGCUUGGCCGACAUAAACUGAUGAUGGACACACACAGCUGUGAAAUAAACACGCGCACACACACACACUUUAUUUAAGAUUUUGGCUGUGUUAGUGUUUAAUUUUCUUACACAGUGUUGAGGAAAAUCACUCUGUUUCCAAGUGUGUGAAACUGUAAAAGACACACACACACACACACACACACACAGUGUUUUAAAGACAGUCUCAUUACUGUAAGCUAAUCCUACAUUUGUAAUAAACGAACAUUUAGCCAUUUACAUUCAGUGUUUUACCUUCUGUUAUUGCUUGUGUGUGUGUGUGUGUGUUGUAUUAAAGGAUGACUACAGAAAUAUGAAAUUGCUAUGGAAUUAUAAGAAUUGCUAUAGCACUGCAGAAUUAUUGUAGGGUUUCUAUAGAAUUAUAAAAAAUCAUUAAAGUGUCAGUGUAAUGAUUCUAGAAUUAUAGUAUUUUGGUCAUAGUAUUAUUAUAGAACUCUUAUAGAAUUAUACGGGAAAUCAAUGAUCGUGGGAGUGUUAUGGACUUAUUACAGAAUUCUAAUAGAAUCAUCAGUGUUAUAGAACUGCUGUAGUUUUUCUGUAGAAUUAUUGUAGAAUUUAAUCACACUAGAACUGUAACAGUGAUGCUCUUGAUUUAUUAGAGAGCGUGGGAUUAGAAUUAUUAAUAGAGUUAUUCUUGUAGAAUUGUGACAGCAUGAUGGUAGCUUUAUUGUAGAAUUAUUAGAGUAUUAGUGUAGAGUUAGUGUGGGAUUAUUACAUUCAGUCUACAUGUAUUACAGAGUUCUCGUCACACUGACAUAGAAUUAAGAUAGAAUUAUGGUUCUCAGUCGGAAGGUUCUGUGGUUCUGCAGGGUUCCUGCUUUUUCUCUCGUUGGAAUUGAAAGUUGUUUUGAAGAGAAACAAUUUUCACACGAAAGUAAAAUCAUGUGGCUGAUGUUUGGAUGUUGAGAAGUUAUUCAGAUGAAGAGUCUUUUAUUAAUUCUUGAAUUAGUUUAUUUAUUUAAUUGAUUAAUUUUUCACCACACUGCUGCUCAGUAGUUACUGGUCCUCUAAAGAAACGGACUGUAAUAAAAUAAAACGGUGAAAUAAAGUUCUCAGAGUCGCACCAUUAAAGGUCUCGGGUCUGUAAUCAUCAGAACCAGGUGGAAAAAAAUCUCAGCUGGUUAAAAUAAACUAAGAAAUGAAGCUGUUUUUUAUUUUUGAAAGACAUGACAGCUCUAAAAUAUAACACACACACAAACAACAACAAACAAUGAAUUUUACACCAUAGGAACAAAGGUUUCUACAGAAUUACAGAAAAAAUGUAAACUGUGUGUGUGUGUAUAUGUGUGUGUUUGUGUGUAUGUGUAUGCGUGUGUGUAUGUUUGUGUGUGUGUGUGUAUGUUUGUGUGUGUUUGUGUAUGUUUGUGUGUGUGUAUGUUGGUGUGUAUGUGUGUGUUCAGGUUCCAGAUAAAUUCAGAAAAAAUGAGUGAAAUUCCUCUGCACAGAGACUCCACUGGGGGCGUGGCCUACAUUCAGAAGGUGGGGCUUAUUCAUUAGAGUGCUGAUUUGAUUA